AUGGCCAUUGUCAAUUACGAAUCAGACAGUGACAACUCGAAUCAUUCAGAUGUCGAGGCUGUAGUAACAAAGAAACAGAGGAUAGACUCGGGUAAAAAAUUGCACAUCGAUGAAACUACAUUCAACUACAACUUGUUGUCGCAAGAACGACGAGUCAAUGCAUCCGCAAAACAACGAGCUAAGGAGUUAAAGAAGAAGCGGAAAGGGGGUCCUUGGGGCGGGUACUCCGAUGACGAGGAAGAGCAAGAACAUCAAGAAGAGCCAGAGUCAGAGUCAGAGUCAGAGCCAGAACCAGAACCAGCUCCAACACAAGAAGAACCAUCCACAGUUACAACCAAAUUUGUUGGUCCCAACCAAUUCGACUACCUUGGUAGAACAUACAUGCACGCCCCUAGCCUCCCCACACCAACCACCUGUUUCACUCCAAAGACAAUCAUUCACUCAUUUGCAGCUCAUGACCACGGUAUAAACAAACUCGCAUUACUCCCCAAGUCUGGUCACUUGCUUCUAAGCUGUGGUAACGAUAGUUUAAUCAAACUCUGGCUGGUGGAAACCCACCAACUCCUUCGUAUAUUCAUGGGCCACAGCGCUUCGGUCAAGGACAUAGUUUUCAACUUUGACGGUUCUAAAUUCUUGAGUUGCGGUUACGAUAGACUCGUCAACUUGUGGAACACCGAAACAGGUGAAAUACUACAUUCAUUCAAAUUGAGUUCGCUCCCACAAGCGCUCUUAUUUCAUGGCCAAGAAUUCUUAGUUGGACUUUCCAAUAACAAAAUCGAGCAUUACAACUUGCAAGGAACCCUACUCCAAACAUAUGACCACCAUCAAGGUGGGAUAAACACCCUUGUCCAUAUCACCAAUAACAUAUUCAUGUCCACCUCAGAUGACAAAACAGUGCGAAUGUGGAAUUAUGGCAUAAACAUCCCGAUCAAAACCAUCUCUUCCCAUCUCCAACAUGCCAUGCCGGCAGGAGCAGUCCACCCCACAGCCAACUACAUCGCACUACAAUCCAUGGACAAUACCAUACGGGUGAUCCAUUCCACGGGUAAAUACAAGUACAAAAAGAGCAAGACAUUUACAGGGCACCAUUGUUCCGGGUAUGGUAUCGACAUCGCCAUUUCUCAAGACGGAAGAAUCAUAAUGAGCGGGGAUUCCAAGGGGUAUGCCUAUUUCUGGGAUUGGAAAACUGGCAAUUUGGUCAAUCGUAUAAAAUGCAGCGAUAAAGUAGUUAAAUGUAUUGUCAUGCACCCGAAACAAAAGAGUAUGGUUUAUGUUGGUGGAGAGUCAGGUGAAGUUUAUAUAUGUGAUUAA